AUUCCUCUCGCGACCAGCCCUCUAGCACCGUAACUCACAAUCAACAUGGCUGACACACCCAAAUCGGACACCCCGUCCGAGGAUAAAGGACCAUCGAAGCGUGCCCUCGAAAAAGCGAAGAAGAAGGCAGAGAAGGCCGCGAAGAAAGCCGAGUAUGCUAUCCGUCCCAAGGAAAGCGGCACAUCAACACCAGCAAGCUCCGAGCCGGCCAGUGUGUUCUCUGAAGGCUGGCUAAAGCGCGUCUACGAGGAAAAGCCCGUUAAGGAAGUUCGAUCGCGGUUUCCCCCCGAGCCCAAUGGCUUCCUGCACAUCGGCCACUGUAAGGCUAUCGCUGUCAACUUCGGCUUCGCCAAAUACCACAAGGGCGUUUGCUUCUUGAGGUAUGACGACACGAACCCGGCCAAGGAGGAGGAGAUAUAUUUCACAAGCAUACUCGACGUCAUCAAGUGGCUAGGCUUUGAGCCAUACCAGGUGACUUACAGCAGUGAUCAUUUCGACCGUCUUUAUGAGUUGGCCGAGAAGCUUAUUCGAAAGGAUGGCGCUUACGUUUGCCAUUGUUCUAGGGAAGAAGUCAACCGUCAACGUGGUGGACCAGACAAUCGAGGCCCUCGCUAUGCAUGUGAGCACCGUACGCGACCCAUCGACGAAUCCAUUGCCGAGUUCCGAGCUAUGCGGGACGGCAAGUACAAACCGGGAGAGGCAUAUCUACGCAUGAAACAGAGCUUGACAGAUCCCAACGAGGGCAACCCGCAGAUGUGGGAUUUGCCGGCAUAUCGAGUGGUCGAGAAGAACCACCACCACCGGACUGGCGACAAGUGGAGAAUCUACCCAACGUAUGACUUCACUCACUGCUUAUGUGAUGCAUUCGAAGAAAUCUCGCACUCUAUGUGUACUACAGAGUUCCAGCAAUCUAGGGUGUCAUACGAUUGGUUGUUGGAGCAGUUAGAUAUGAAGACUCCAAAGUCCGAGGAGAAAGGCCCAAUGCAGCGGGAGUAUGGCCGUCUCAAUGUCAAUGGCACCAUUCUCUCCAAGCGUCGCAUUCAAAUGCUCGUGGAAGGCACCACGGUGGAAAAGAAAACGGCGGAGGGUGACGUUGAUAAGAAAGUCAUAAUGCCCAGUGUUCGUGGGUGGGAUGACCCUCGCCUAUACACUCUGGUGGCUCUCCGUCGUCGUGGCAUUCCGGCUCAAGCGCUCCGCAAGUUUGUCGAGGAGCUCGGUGUCACGGAUGCGCUCACAGAAAUCCAGACUCCGCGCCUUGAAUCUUCGAUUCGGAAACACCUUGAGCGAACUGUCCCUCGCCAAAUGCUAGUACUGGACCCUGUCAAAGUUGUCAUUGAAGACAUGACGGCCAAAGACGAGCUAGACCUUACCGUGCCGUAUGACCCCAAGGGUUCUAUUCCAGGAGAGCGCGUAGUCCAUCUCGGUAAAGAAGUCUACAUCGACCGCAGCGAUUUUAGAGAAGAGGACAGCCCUGAAUACUUCCGCUUGGCCCCGAAUAAGCCAGUGGGUUUGUAUAACGUCCCUUUCCCAAUCCGUGCUACUUCAUUCUUGAAGGAUGAGAACGGCAAGAUUAUCGAGAUUAAAGCCAUCAGAGCUCCACCAGAGGAGAAGGCAAAAACAUAUAUUCACUGGGUUGACGUCUCCACCGCCAUUCCUGUCACAGCGCGCCAGUACCACUCACUCUUCAAGACUGAUUCGCCUAAUACGCUGGAUUGGAAGAAUGGAGGCUGGGCCGAUGACCUCAAUCCCGAUUCCGAGGUGAUAUUCCCGAACGCAGUGAUUGAGAAGGGUCUUAAAGAUCUCCUCAAAGACCACUCCCUACACCCCAAGGGCUCCUCAGAUGACUUGGUUCGCUUCCAGGCGUUGCGUGUAGCGUAUUUCUGUGUGGAUGUCGUCGAUUCGACUGAUGACAAAAUUGUGCUGAACCAGAUAGUGAGCCUGAGAGAGGAUAAGGCGAAGUAGUGCCGUAACGUUCUUAGUGGCGAAGGCAGGACUGUAUGGCGUUUAUAUGGCUGUAUAUUUUAUCUUGAUGGAAAUGGGUUUCAAGUCUAGACCAAUAGAUAUCCCG